UCCUUUUCCCUUCUCUCUCUCCUAUCUGGGUAGUGGACGGCGUGGGUAGGCGGCGGAGUAGGCAAGCUCCGGCGGCGGCGGCGGGCAUGGUCGGCGCCGCCCCCCGACCGGAGCGCCUCGAACAGCGCGGCGUAGGCGGCGGGUGACGGAGAAGCGCGCGCGCUGGGCGGUCGGAGUCGGCGAGCGCCGCGACGUCGGAAUUGGCCGGCGGCGGGAGGAUGUUGGAGAGCGCGAGGAUGUGGGACCUCAUCGUCUCCCACCAGGACGGGGUAGGCGCAGAUGCGGACGCCGCCGACGAGUUCGAGGACGAGGCUGCCCCGGCGGCGAGUUGGGGGCGCCGGCGGAGAAUACCAGGGACGGGGGCGGCGGCAUCCUCCAUAUUCCUGUGGCGGCAAGGGGCGCCGGCGAGCUCCUGGCCCCUCGCCCUCUGCCCCCACACCUCCUCCACCACCUCGUCGGUGACCCCGGCCUUCUUCGCCCGCGCCCACCGCUCCUUCCCCACCGCUCCUCAGAGUUUCGGUUUAUGUUUCUGCGCCUCUAUUUGUGUCGACGAAUUUUGAGAUGAACUGUUCCAUUCGUUCGGUUAUUUGUUUUUUGCUUUGAUCGGAAACAAUUUUGCAAUGUUUGCAACUAUCAGAGAUCGGUUCAUGUGUUGCAUGCUGUAUUUCUUCCGAAUAUUAGGAGAUUAAGCACUCUGUUCUUCAUAUGAAGAACAUAAAAAAACUUGUUCCAUCUGAAUUUAGUUUCAGAAGGCUCUGAUCUUGCCCUGUUCUUGGGUUAAUCUUGAAGAAAUGGAGUUUACUGAUUUUUUUUGUUCUUCUUCUUGCAGUCAGGGAAGACGUUUCUGACUCCUCGGCUCCAGGGCGUCCAUGUCGGCCACCAAGACCUCAACCUGCCUCCGCCGCCGUCCUACACCGCCGCGGCCGCGUCUACAUUGGCCGCGGUCUGCACGCUAGGAAUGGUCCGCUCCGCGCUCGAGCGCGCCACGGCCGGGAGGUCGGCCGCCGCCGCGUGUGCCUCCCCGGCCACGUCGUCGUCAUCGUCGGCGUCCACCUCCUCGUCCUCCUCCAUCGGCAAGUGCCACCGCUCGCCGCCGGCGGGGGGCGCGGCGACGCCCGCGAGCCCGUCCAUGCGUGCGGCCGCCUACCCGUCCUGCCUCACCUACGUGCUCAUCGCCGAGGCGGACCCCCGUUGCCCUCGUUGCGACGGCAGCGGGAAGCACCCCGGGAUUCCGCCGCCCGAUGUCGCUGUGCUCGCCGACUCAGACUGCCCGGCGCGCGCUUCUCCGGUCACCCGCCGCCUACGCCGCGCUGUCCGCGGCGCUCCGGUCGGAGGGCGGCGCCGACCAUGCCCGCUGCCGCCGCCGGAGCUCGCCUGCUCCGCUGCCUACCGCGCCGUCCGCUGCCCAGGAAGGAGAGAGAGAGGGGGGAGUGGGAAGAAGAGAGGAGUGAGGCUGACACGUGGGGCCCACGUGGGUCCCACCAUUUUAAAAAUAUUUUUUGUGUGCAGCUGACAUG